AUGUUACUCGUCUUCCUCGUAGUUUAUCUUCGAACGUCAUUUGCACUUUUGCGUUCAACUGAAGAUCGAAUAUCUACUCGAAAUAUAACUUGUCGACACGAUGUCGGAUUGUCAAUAACAUUCUUAACGAAUUGUGAAGCAUGUUUAGUUACUUCGCGCAAUUAUGCAAUCGAAACAACACUGUCUCUAACUGGCAUCGGAUUAUCAGGUUCGUUUUCCAGUUGUCUUCAAGUAAACGAAGUUGAAAUGUAUCAUGAAAACCUUGUUCGUGAAUGUCAUUAUUUUCCUCGAAAUACACUCAAUGGUUAUGAUGAUUUCUGCAUCGCAUCACCGUAUACAAUUUUCCGUGGCUCAUAUCGCGCUUGCAUUUGUCUGACAAACCUAUGCAAUUUCAAUUAUACUGGAUGUCUUCGACAAAUCAAGUCAAUUUGGAAUCAGAAGACACCGUUAUUCAGCAACACAAUUGUCGAAUUAAACAACCGAAUAAGAUGCUACCAAUCACCUGAAGGUUUUACAGAACCAGCUUCUUCAAGUUUGAUACCAUUAUGUUCGGAGGAUGAUGACAUAUGUAAAAGUUAUUUAGCUAAUCAAGGUGUCCUCUGUGCUAUUGGUGUUGAUCGUGCAAAUAAAACAACGCAACAAACGUUGACACCGUCGACAUACUCAACUUAUUUGAUAAAAUACAAAAGUGAAUUUUGUAAAUCGUACACGUUGACAUCGAAAAGUAUCCUAUUUUCGCAAUGUAAAUCGGAAGAUACCAAAAAUAAAAUGCCUCCUAAGACACCAACCAAAGGUUCAAAAAUCAUCAAAAAACAAUCGAAAAGUAAUGCAAGUAAAUCUGGUGCUGAUGGCGAGAAAAAAAGCAAUAAACGAAAACGUAAAGAAACCUACUCGAUUUACAUCUACAAAGUUUUAAAACAGGUUCAUCCCGAUACGGGUAUUUCGAGCAAAGCAAUGUCGAUUAUGAACAGUUUCGUUCAUGAUAUUUUCGAACGUCUUGCCGGCGAAGCUUCACGAUUGGCACACUAUAGUGAACUGGCGAAACAUGCUGUAUCCGAAGGCACCAAAGCUGUAACGAAAUAUUCCAGCCAAAAAUAA